GAUGCUAAUGAUGUCAAUUAUAGAAUGUAAUCACUUAAAAUAUAUAUGAAAGGAUGAUCUGAUAUUAAAAGGGACGAAACACAGACGAAAAUUAUAAAAAAAAAAGUUUAAAAACACCGGACUCGCGAGCUCGACGGAACGCUCGCGGAGCAGCAGAUGAGGGUUCCCUCAGCUCCACAGUUUCUCGAGGGGACACGAACCACAACGUAAGAAAUAAAUCUACCAAUUUAAUUCGGGCAUUUGAGUGAAUCAACGACGUUCAAUUAGUGUAAUGUGGAAGGGAGAUUUACCUGAAGUAAUUCCAUCGUCGUGAAAUGUUGGAACCCACCACCACCAUGGGCAUGGGAGACGAGAUGCUGAGGUUUCGCCUCCACAAAAUUUUAUGGGGGCCCGUAAAACAGGCCUUCCUCUACGUAUUUCACCAGACCUACGCACAGACAACUAGCGUUUAUGAAUUUGCUUUUCAUCAUCCGGAUAUGUUUACAAAAGGAGAACUGCUAUGUAUUGAGUUUGAGCGGAAGGUCAACUGCUAUAGCAUACCUUUACUCUUCAGUAUCAUCAAGUCAAGUUGUAACCCCCCACUGGCCCCUCCUACGGCUAGUGUUUGGGAAGAAAGUGCUUGUAGCGUUGACCUGGAAACUGUGGAUGUAGCUUUGGAGAAGCUCAUAGUGAUGCUUGCAACGAUUUAUGAAGAAGUAGCAGACCUUAACAAGCCUUUGAACGAGGAGGAAUAUAACAAGAAGGUAACUAUUAUUAAGCAUUGCUUAAAGUACCUGAUCGAAGGAGCCGGGAAGUUUGACGUGUCUGGUCGUUGGGGAGAAUAUCUGGAGAAGAUUUUGAAUUUGCUGACCGACAUUGAUCAGAGAGAAGUCUUUCCAGUAGAUGAAAUAGCAGAUGACAUAAAGACAGAACUGAAGAUGAGUUAUCACCUGUAUAUGCCUACAGAUGUUGACCCAUUUCUGCUACAGCUGAUUCGAAUACCACUGGUUCCACAAGAAACCAAGAAGAAAAGACAUAGGAAACAGCCAGAAGUGAAGGUAGAAGUAGCAGAUGUACUCAAAAGCGUGUCUAGCGAAUGCAAAAGCACUAACAGGAUCUGUUUGAUCGUAGGAGACCCGGGAUGUGGAAGAUCUACCCUCAGCUCUGCCUUUGCAGCAUCCUGGAGUCAAAGGGACAACCAUAUGACAGGUAUUGAUGACUAUGAUGCUGUCAUCUUAUUUAUCUUGAUUAUUGUAAGUUGCCAGCAGAAUGACCUGAUGUUCAGCAUCCUUCCGCUGUGUACGACAGUUCAUGGUGCAAAUGAAGUACAAAAGUGGGUGGUUGGGUCACAUGUUUUACUGGUCGUGGAUGAUGCUGAAGAACUGUUGCCUCAUCAUAGGGAAGAACUCGACGCUAUUCUACACAAAUCAGAGAGAGUGGAUGCAGUGCUGAUGACGUCUAGAGCCCAUUUUAACGAAUUAGAAAGAACUUGGACGAGCCAUGUUUGUGACAGGUUAGAAGUAUGUGGUUUCGGUCGUGAACAAAUCAUCCUCUCGUGUGAGCAAGUCAUUGGUUCCAAAAAACCUGAGUGUUAUAAGUUUUUAAAACAGUUUUUAAAGUCAAAUAUGUGUAGGUUAGAGGUGGUUUUAAAACACCCAGUUGCACUGGUAGAAUUAUGGGAAGCCUGGGCUGAAUCUGAAGAAAUAUUUAGUGAUGUUACAACUUGUGCCGAUUUUCUCUGGGCAGUUACGAAGUGGAAAAUAGACAAGGUUAUGCAAAAUGGCUUAGAAAUUGCUGACAAUGUAAAGGUAAGAAAUUGGUUACUAAUUGCUGGAUUGAAAGCCUUCCAAUCCAUUAAAGAUAAUAGCAGAUUUGAGAAAUCCUACAUGAAACAACUUGAACUUGAAGCAAGUAACGUUUUCAUGUCAGUCUCAAGUCGAACUGUGAUGUCUUCUAUCUUCAAACAGAGAUAUAUUCAUCGUGGCCGAUACUACAGUGAGCUUAGCAGCCUCCAUAAAGUACAACAAGAAUUUCUGGCUGCUUGGUAUGCUGUGCACCAGGUGAUAGAAGGAAAGCAGUUAAAUUCCACUGGAAGGUGUAAAUGCCCUUACUACAUGGCACUGUUUAUGGUGGGGGGGCUAUUAUUAAAAAUCCCUGACUUCAAGUGGAUUUCAAUGUUACAUGAAAGGAGAGUGAUAAAUGCUGUUGUCAAUUACACUGAAGGCAGCAGUGACGAUCUGUACUUCAACCUCGACCUCGUUGGAGAGGUGCAAGGAUUAUCUAGGCUCGUCGAGUUCAUUGUUGACUUUUCAGAAUAUCCUGAUGAGUGGAAUAUUGAUGCUGGAGAUGUUCAGCUCAUUCCAAUUAGAACGCUGCUCUUUCACGUAGCACCAACUAGGAUUUUCUUGAAUGUUGAAAAACUCAAGCCUUACUGCGAGUUAUUUGAAGUGAUAAGCUUUUUGUGUAGGGUUGAUAUUUUUGUCUGGCUUGAUAGCAGUGGUCAGUUUGAAUAUGGAAACAAGGACAAAAUGGAUAAAAUCGCAAAAUCAUUUUUCUCUGCGAAUACGAAAGCCCGCAUCGAUUUAGUUAAAGGGUGUUUAUCGACCAAGAUCCUUAAAGAAGUGACUUCUCAGGUAGCAUUCAGUUACCUAGUUUUCCUAAAGAUCCGUGUUAUUGACUUGGAAAAUUUGUUGGUGCUUUUAAAAGCUCCUGAAAACUUGCCUUCCUUACUGUGGUUAGAAAUAAAGUUUGAUUUCUGCGUUCUAGACGAAGAUGUGUGUAGUAUACCCAAGACGACUGUGCCACUGCUGGAUGUCCAUUUACAAGGGCUAGACGAUUCAAGUGUUUCCAAGUUGGCCAAUCUUCUGGGCAACAUACAUGACUGCUACUCAGGAAUUCACUUGGAUAAUACUUCCCUCACUCCAGAGGGCGUGUUUGUACUCCUCAAGCAGCUGCAGAAGAGAAAAAUAUAUCUGAGUUCCCCAUCUGAAUACAGAGAAAAGUUCAGGAGGUGGUACUACCCCCAACUCUCAAGUUUUGAUAAAUCCAUCGCGCUCACUGACGAAGUAGCAAUGAGGCUCCUCGGUUUUGACGACCGCAUUUACUACAGUAAUCACUGUGUGAAUUCUUCAUGCUUUGCUUUGGCUCUGGAUUCCUGGAACCUCGCUUCUUAUCUUGAAGAGGAGGAAAGUAUCACCCAUUUCAAUUAUAAGACUGAUAAUCUGACGUGCAUCAAAGGACUGAACGGCUCGGUUGAUGUCAGAGUCAAUGGCGAGUGUCAAGUUAGAAAAGUGCAAACGAUGCAAAUAGGAGAUUAAAUGAGACCAAAUUCUUAAAAACUGUAGAUAAAAGGCACUUUGUCAGCCUUUCCUAAAAAACUAAUAUCAGACAAAUCGGUUUUUUUUAUGCAUUCCAUUGCAUUUAGUGUAUCUUUGAAGUAGCAUAAAGCAUUUUAUUGCUUUGCUUAGCUUUUCAUUUUUGUACACAAAAAAUUCGUUGUUCUCACUCAUUAUCAUGCAUCCAUCGUAACAGAAACAAUUUUAUAUUUUUAUAGUCUGAAUCCAUAUCUUUACACCUUACCAUAGACUAUAUACAUUUCGCUCAAGUUUUCCACUGAAACUCUUUAAUUUAUAUUGUACUAUACCAGUUAAGAUUGGUGUUCAGCUGAUUCGUAAUUCUAACGCUUGUAGCAUCUUUCCAAAUGCCUGAAGUAGGAUUGUUAAAUUUUACCAAUAAAAGAUGUUGC